CCUCGUUUGCUUCAGAGCGCAACAUAGCGAGGUCAGAUCCCUCACAUCCCUCAAAGGAUUUUAAAACCACCUCUUGCCCUAGCACCGUCCACCUCCGGGUGUAACUGCUGCAAGUAUGAUUAAGAAGAUGUCCCCAUCCGAGAACGAGUUCGACAUACCGGCCAAGAACUGCCACAGGAUGGUGAUUCUGGGCUCCACCAAAGUUGGGAAAACAGCGAUAAUCUCUCGGUUCCUGAACGAGAGGUUUGACGACCAGUACACGCCAACUAUUGAGGACUUUCACAGGAAAUUGUACAGCAUCAGGGGGGACGUUUACCAGCUGGACAUUUUGGACACAUCUGGAAACCAUCCCUUCCCUGCAAUGAGGAGGCUUUCAAUUCUCACUGGUGAUGUUUUCAUCUUGGUGUUCAGCCUGGAUAACAGAGACUCCUUCCAGGAGGUGCAGCGUUUGAAGCGCCAGAUUUACGAGACCAAGUCCUGUCUUAGAAAUAAAACGAAGGAAAACGUGAACGUCCCACUUGUCAUCUGCGGCAACAAGUGUGACAAAGACUUUUACCGCGAGGUGCGGGAGGAUGAGAUCCAGGAGCUGAUCAGUGGGGAAGAGCACUGCGCUUACUUUGAAAUCUCAGCAAAGAAGAACACCAACGUAGACCAAAUGUUUCAGACUCUGUUUACACUGGCCAAACUGCCUAACGAGAUGAGCCCCGAUCGCCACUGCAAAGUUACCCUGCAAUACAGCGAGGUCCUUCACAGAAAGUCAUUCAGAAGCAAGAAGUGCAAAGACGGGAACGCAUAUGGUGUUGUGGCGCCGUUUGCGCGGAGACCCAGUGUGCACAGUGACUUGAUGUACAUUAAGGAGAAAGCUGUAGGAGGAAGUCAAGCCAAAGAGAGGGGCUGCACCAUCUGCUGACACUCUCUGUGCCUGUGCUCUAAAGACUUUCUGACAGAACUGAAGCGGAGGCCAGCCUUUCUGCAUAAAGGGCACAUCAGCCAAAGCUGCAGACUUCAGCCUCUGAGGCGAUACUGACAUAAUGUGAUCCACACUGUGUUAAGACACAGGAGAACGUAGCUCAGCUCCUGUGCGAAGCAGUGCUGAAAAUGCUGUAAAAUCUGCCUCUGCAUUAGCUUGCCGAGAAUGGCAAUGAAAACAUGUUUACAUUUAGUUAUUUUUUUACUUGGUGGAACUUGAAUGUUUGUUGCAUUAUGAACAAAUUCUAUUCUGAAUGUCUAUUUAUUAUGUCCACGUCAUUUUUGCAUAAAAGAGAAAUAAAACCAAUUGCUACUUUCAUAAA